CGAUGAAGUAUGGUCACUACGCAAACCCCCACCACCACCACCAUCCGCAGCAUCAGCAAGUGCAAAAUCACCACCAUGACUCCGCCAAGGCCAACCCGGCCUAUCCAGAAGUUUGCCGCUGCAGUGUCUCAAUGCGGCGCCGAGGCCUCAGUCUACGGCAAGUGCAUACUCGCCGACUACAACUCGGUACACAAGAACCAGUGCGCCCAGGAGUUCAUGCGGCUCAAGGAAUGUUACCUUAAGGCAGCAAAGAGGGCUCGGUAGAAACCAGAUUUAUGGACAGUUCCAAGAUGGCGGAAGUGUCUCCGAGUAGCUCUUCGCUCCGCCUGUUCUGACAGCAUAUAGAGAGCAGCAUCCUAUUUCAUCUGCCAAUGUACCAUCAGUUGUAUUUGUACAACCUUAAACAUUCUGCAAAGAAUUGACAGUAAUGGGGUUGGGCGAGUAAU